AUGGCUGACCUAGGCCGUGCUUUCUUCGUUUGUUGGCAAAAAUACUCCAUAGAAGGCAUUCCACUAGACGAAGAGACUACCACUGGGGUGGAGUUUCGAGGAGGGUCAUUAAUUCCCCUAGGCUCAUUUAUCAAGCAGAACCCAGGGUAUAUUAAAAGGCCCUUCAUUUUUGUAAGCGCAAAGACUGUCCAAUCAUACAUCCGAAAUCAGCUAACAUUGCAGGGCGUUCUCGAUCAGAAUGGCAGCUUCGCGGCUCCGUGCUUCCCCUAUCGAACCAUGUAUCCCUGCUAG